CAAAAGCCCAACGACAAGUGACAGAUGACAAUAUGACAAAUUGUCAUUGUUUAUGUUUUUUGGUUAAUAAAUAUAAUAAUAUUCAAUUUUACCUUGAAAAUCUGCAAUUUAUAAGGACUGAGACGUCAUCUCUAUUUUUUCAUAAUGACGUUAAUCGACCCAGAUGAGUAUAAAAAUUCACCAGAAGGAGAUUCCAAUUAUUCCGCCAUAAAAUUGAAGACACCUAAGCGUGUACUACACUUUUGCGAUGGGGUACUAGAAGAGUACAGUGAUGAUGAAGUCGAUUGUACCCCUAGUCAAACUGUAGCUGCUGUCGAUACUGGCUCAUUAUCUUGGAUUCCAUGGACACGAUACAAAUUAUGGUCGGCUGGUUCUACAACAUUUGGUUACAUGGAAACAAUGGGUGAAUAUUUAGCAGCCUUUUUUGGAAUAACAACACCAAAGUACUACUUUGAACUUGAAGAAUAUAAGAAGAGGCAAGCGGAAGAGCAACAAUCUCAGAAACUAGGGUGGUCCAAACCAGGUGGCAACGAUAUAGAAUUUCAUAACAUCAAUGUAUCACAGCCAACACCAGCUUCAGUUGUAUGAUUUCAAAUAUUUAAGCAUUGUUAUUAAAUUCAUAUACUUACCCUUUUAUGAAUCGUUGUUAUUUAAAUUUGUCAUAUUAAUUUCUUAUUGUUUUGUGCUCAUCAUCAAAUGUUGCAUAAUAUAUUUUUACACUUACUAAUGUACUUUUACACUACUGCAAGUUCUAAUGUUAUUUGGGAUUAAUAUUCUAAUGAUAAUCCUGUGAAUAAUGAUAUAUUAGAGCACAUUGUGUUCCUUAAAAUGCAUUUUUAGUGAAUAAUAAAUUAUUUUUGAAACAA